UUCCCCCUGCAGCGCAUGUUGACCCGUCACCUCAAGUGUCACAGCCUGGUAAAAAGACAUCCUUGUAGAUUCUGUGGCAAAGGUUUCAAUGAUACCUUUGACCUCAAGAGGCAUAUGCGAACACACACAGGUAUCCGUCCUUACAAGUGUGAGCUGUGUGACAAAGCCUUUACACAGCGUUGCUCUCUAGAGUCCCACAUGAGGAAGAUUCACGGUGUUCACCAGCAGUAUGCCUACCGCCAGAGACGCUCCAAGAUUUUUGUUUGUGAGGAUUGUGGUUACACCUCAAGCCGCCCUGAUGAAUACUUUCUUCAUGUGAGACAGUGUCACCCCAGUAGUCCUGCCCUCCGCAGGUACUACCGCCGUCAGGCCCAUGAGAGUGGCAGCUUUGCAUCUGCUAACCACAAACUCAACCCCUAUUUGCUGUACUCAACCCCUUCAUACUACAUGAAGGAAUCACUGUAAUUCUUUACUGCAUUAUAUUGUGGC